CGGACUAUAUCAUAAACAAAAUAAUUGCAGUAGACUUUAAAGUUGUUGAUUCAUAUAACCUUUAUAUUUACGUUACCUAGAUGAUCACAAACUAGAAAAGCAAAAGUUAUUCUCAUAAUGUCAGGCAGCUAACACUAAAACAGUAAUAGAGUCAAUUAAUACAGCCAUCAUAAUCCCAAAAGUCAAGAACGUGGUAGAGGUAUAGCAAAUGCGCUACUACUAUUUAUAGUCUUUUGGUCUUUUCCUCUAUGUCCAUAACUGAUGUUACUCUUCUCUGUACCUUCUGAACCAAACCAGCAAAGCAACAACAACAACAACAACAACAAAAAAUAGCCAUAUCCUUUCUAAAUUAAAUAAACUCCCAUUUCAGUCCCCUAAAAGAACAAGGAUCAUGGUGAAAGAAUCAAGUUCAACACUAAAACUUCCUUUGUUUUCAGUAAAUGCACAAGAUGAUUUAGGCAUGUUAACUCCUCUACACACUUUAGCAUCCAUACCAUUUUCUUGGGAAGAAGAGCCUGGGAAGCCUCGUCCAUGUACUGAUCUUAUCCCUUUACCAAACUCUAUUAACUUCAAUGAGCCCAAACUAUGCUUAGAGCCACCUCCAAGGCUUUACAACUACUACAUGGAAUCAAACAAAAGUGCUUCCCCUACAACUGUUUUCGAUGGGCCUUAUAUAACCAACAAGCCUAGGUUUUCAUCCUUCAGGUUCUUGAGGGAUCGUCGUAGACAAGGGUCUUUUGACAGUACUGCUAGCUCUGAAACAGGACAAAAUAGUGCAUUUGUUGUUGGCAAGAAGAAAGUGGAGAGUAAAAGCUGGUGGCGCCGCAAUAGUAAUAAUGUUAAAGGCAAAUCUGGUAGAGAUGAUUCAACAGAUUGUGUUAGUCUUAAUGAUGAAUGCACUAUGAAAAUGGCAACACUUGAAAGAAGUGGAAGCUUUUCAGGUCUCUCACAGUCACAGGCUAAGACUCAUAUUUGGGCAACUAUAUACGAAGGAUUCAAGCAGGUAAUACCAUGGAAGAGCAAAAAAUCAAAGAAAGAAGCGCUUAUCGGCUAAGCUUCAACAAUGGCUGUUAUGUUAAUGAAGUUAAAAAGAUUUUUAUGUUGCUUUCUCUAGUCAUUUUAAGUACUCCUGGUUAAAUACGCAGGAAAUAUAGAAACAAAUGUACUGUGCUUUGAGAGCAUUAGCCUUGAAUUUCACCAUAACCUGUUGUAAAUAUUGUGAGAUCAUUUUCUGGAUUCAAUUUCCACUUAUCCUUGUAUCA